GUAGUCUCCCUCAAGCAGGCGAACACGGAACAACGUAACGUCAAGAGAUGUUGAGUGAAACAUUUCCGUGAAUCCGGUGGCUAAAAGAAGAAGCGAAAGAGAUAGUUUCCAACGAUUGAUGUACAUAUGUAUUACGAUUGGUUGUGCAAACAGAAAAGAAAAGAAUAGAGACAUACGUCGCACGUUUUUCUUCAUUAUACGUCUCGAUUAAAUUUAUCACAAUUAAAUAUGAAAUAAUAAAAUUGAAAAGGAAAAUUUACGGAUGCAGAUAAAAGUUCAACAGAAUCCAAAAUACUAAAAUAUCGCGACAAUAAAUGUGGAAUAUUAAAACAUAGAUGAAACAUAAGUAAAUGUGUAAAUUGAGCACUUAUUGUUGCACCGCUCGUGCACCUCACACAUUGGUGGAGAAAAUUUCUUCAAAUGCGUUUCGUGGCGAUAACAGUGUCGAACGUUUCGGCAGAGAAAUGUUCAUAACGUAAUUACGACAUUGCCGUCUCGGAAAAGCAAUUUUCCCGUGUCGAAGUGUGCCAAAAUUUCUGCCAUAUUGGAAAUUUAUGGAAACGAUGUCGGGCGCCGUCAACUACGGGUUCGCCGAGGACCCCGACGUGGAGAUGAUGGAAAAGGGGACGAGGAAAGAGCUGAAUCACGAAAAGGCCUCGCAGCUUUCCGAGAGUACAAACUGCUUAGCCAGGUUUAAGGACGGCUUGGAGGUUCUCUUUUCGAGAAAUCCGAGAUUCUUCGCCAUUCUUGGAUGGGCGAUCCUCAACUCGCUCGUCUUCGCUUAUCUCAUUCUUGCGAGCUUGCAUUGGACUAGAAAUACCAAAGACUGCGCCUUUGAAUGGUGCGAUGGAUUCGGAAUGCUUCUCAUAGUGUUAGGAAUCACGUAUUUUGGGUUACUCUACUAUAAAGUCUUCAAGAGGUAUUUAGGAAAACCUGUGACUCGGUGCUGCAGACCAAUUUUCCUAUUCUUGAGACGAAACUGGGAAACCAAGUUCAUCUUUUGCACGUGGAAGACCAUAACGCAAUUUUUGAUACUGCUCGGUAUAGUUAUAUUUCUCGUUUUCGACACCGUGGGCUCAAGAGACAGGCUCAUUAGUUUUACCGGACUAAUUGUCCUCCUGACUUUGGGUUGGAUUUUCUCGAAGCACCCUGGUCACAUUAAUUGGAGGCCCGUAAUUUGGGGCCUAAUCUUGCAGUUCUGUUUUGGCCUCUUCACGAUCAGAUGGAACGUAGGUCGUGCAAUAUUUCAGUGCGUCUCUGAGAAAAUUGCAACAUUCCUAGAUUUUGCAACAAAUGGUGCCACCUUCGUGUUCUCCAAUUUCCUGGUCCACGAGAAAGCCGUAUUCGCAUUUUCGGUAUUGCCGGUAAUCUUUUUCUUCAGCUUGAUCAUUCAGGUUUUGUAUUAUUUGGGAGCCAUGCAGUGGGUGAUCAUGAAGCUUGGUUGGAUUCUCCAAGGAGUUUUGGGAACCACUAUCUGUGAAUCCCUUGUUGCGGCCGGAAAUAUCUUCCUAGGAAUGACAGAGUCUCCGCUUUUGAUCAAACCAUAUUUACCCAACCUGACGUCUUCCGAAAUCCACGCUGUAAUGUGUUCCGGGUUCGCCUCGGUUUCAGGUACCGUAUUAGCCGCUUACAUCGGCUUCGGAGCACAACCGGCUCAUCUUAUCACGGCAUCGGUAAUGUCAGCACCUGCAUCCCUCUGCUAUUCGAAACUGUUUUAUCCGGAGACUGAAAAGAGCUUGACCACCUUCAAAAACAUUCCGCUACAAAAAUCUGAUGAUUCUGGAGUUCUGGACGCAGCCACGAAAGGAGCAUUGGCAGGGAUUCCCAUAGUUCUUGGAAUAAUAGCCAAUAUAAUAGCUUUUGUUUCCGUCAUCGCUUUUAUGAACAGUAUUCUCUCUUGGCUGGGAGUUUUAGUUGGAGUCGAUGGUCUCACUUUUGAGUUCAUCCUGUCGAAAGUUUUCAUGCCCCUAAGUUGGAUUAUGGGAGUGCAGUGGGAUCAAUGCGAAGACGUUGCCACUUUGAUUGGUCUGAAAACAGUUGUUAAUGAGUUCGUGGCGUACCAGAAAUUAGGGGAGUUCAAGGAAGCAGGAAAAUUAUCCCCUAGAACUGAAGCUAUUGCAACUUAUGCCAUUUGCGGGUUUUCGAAUCCAGGAUCGCUGGGAAUUAUGAUCGCACUUCUAGUAACUUUAGCUCCAGAGAAAAAGGAACAAAUUACGCGAGUUAUCGUCAGGGCUUUCUUUGCUGGCAGUGCAGUUUGCUUUCUUACCGCCAGCAUCGCAGGAAUGCUGAUGAAUGAGGAUUUUUUCACGGACACAAUGGUAGCAAGGAACUCUACUAACGAUACGACUAUGUUUCAUAGUAAUUAAUAUUUCGUCAAGGCCAAUGUUAUUCACUGUGUUCAUCUUCUGUUAUGUUAAAAUGAAAUUAUCUUGUUUUAAGGCAUUUUCUAAGAUGACAGUUUAGUAAAAUAUUCCUGAUUCAUAUCAGAAAGUGGCGCAAUGUUUUGAAACGCACGAUUUGUUAAGAAUGAAAGUCAAGAUCAUAAAUGCAUUGAUAUAUUAUAUGUAUAGUGUAAAUAGAAACAUUGUAACAAAAUGUAAAUAUUUUGAAGUUUUGCUAACUUAAUCUAAAUGUAAUACGUUUACUGUGCAUCACAGACUUUAUACGAGAAUGGGUGCAAAAACUGAGCAUGUAUACAAAUACUUGUCAUCUUAAAUCACUGAUGAAUCAGAA